AGGAAAACAACCCGAAGACAGGAGUAGGCCUACCGCAAACGACCGCUGCAAAUGACCAUUUAUUUUACCAAAUUUAGACAAUUGUUGUAAAUACUGCCAGAAAAAAUGCAAGCAAAUCACGUUGACGGGUUAUACUGGUGCAAAAAAAUGGUUGACUAACACCUUUACGCAGACCUGUGCCGUGCGCCCGUCCAGACAUUCAACUUCUACGCAUAGCACCAGCGCAACGGGUUACAAUAUGCUCACAGACCACGAAAAAGAGCUGAUCGCUAAAAUUUGGGACAAAAUGAUUCCCGUGGCUUCCGACAUCGGAGCUGAAUGUCUUCUAAGGAUGAUGACGACUUUUCCCGGAACGAAAACAUACUUCGCCCACCUGGACAUCAGACCCCGGUCCCCACACCUGCGUUCCCACGGGAAGAAGAUAGUUCUCGCGAUAGCUGAGUGUUCCAAAGACAUCAGCUCGAUGAUGGUCACCCUGGCACCGCUCCAAACACUGCAUGCCUACAAACUGAGAAUAGACCCCUGCAACUUCAAGCUUCUUUGUCACUGUAUCCUCGUGACUUUGGCCGCUCACAUGGGUGAUGAGUUCGAUCCUGUCGCGCACGCAGCCAUGGACAAGUACCUCUCGGCCUUCGCAGCCGUCCUUGCAGAGAAAUACAGAUAAGGAGCAUCAUAGCCCCAUCAUAUAAACCAAAUGUUGCUGUUCCAUUAACUUAGAGUAUUUUAUUUGUGUGUUUUUCUUUUGUAAUAAAACAUG